AUUCAUCAUGAACAAUUCCAUCUUCUUGAUCCUGCUAGCCUUCGCAUCAUGUUCCCAGGCAUUGGAUUGGUUCUUAUUGACGCAGCAAAACUAUGCAGCCAUCCAAUCGGGAUUAUCGCAACUGAAUGCAGCCGCCGCGCUUAUGAAUCGAUCAAUGGUCGAACAGCAGAACCUUGCCGUAGCUGCUGUCGCUAGUCUGACAGUGCACAUGAACAGGUCGCUUGUUGAUUUGAGAUAUCGUUAUCCAGCUACGAAUUUGACAACCGAUAGGCUGUAUAGUACAGCGUACUAUACUGGUUACGUGAGAUCAACCACCGACCAGUUUCGCCAGUCAGUGACCAACAACGUAAUGGUUCCCGCCCAGGUGAUCGUACGGAACAUUCUGGAUGCAAUGAGUGAUUUGUUUAGUGAUUGGAACAGACACUGUGCAGAAACAUAUGCCCCUAAUUUAGUGCAGCCUUCGAUUUCGGUGGGUCGUUUGAAGGAUUGCCUCAUCACGAAUAUUCCUUUCUUCCGGGGGUUGACCGCAGCCACCCAGCUGCUACUUAAUUACGCGAAGGCUUCCGUGGAUUCAACGAUGGCUCAGGUGCAGCUCUGUUCGCCGGAUUCAUCAAACUGCUUAGCCAAGUUCUUCAACGAUUUGCCUGAUCAGUUAAAUAACAUUAUAAACAGUGUUGGAAAUCUGUAUGGAACACCAUCGAUGUUUUCUCAGUCUGCAGUUGCAAGGAAUCAGGAAUGUGUUGCUCUGAUUACCACGGACAUACAGGAAACCAUUCAGCAAAUUAAGACCAACGUCACCGUUUGUGCAAGUGGCCGUUAGUGGGACAUUUCGGUGUGAAUCGUAUUGACAAGUUUAGUCUUUCGGUUUGUUGUUGUAAAACUUUCAUUAUUGGAUAUUAGAAUCUUAACUAUUUCUACGUUACGUACAAACAAAAAUUGUUAGUGAAAUAUGCGAAGCUAAAAUGAGAAACAAGCGUCAAAAUUUUCAUCCUACUGUAUAAGCGAUCAAACCAACAUCUGCUAGGCGGUUUGUUUAUGGGUAUUAAGGCCUGUACAUCGCAAUAUCUUUGUCCCCGGGCUGGAUCAAACGGGUAGGUCACAUGCAACGGCUUCAUCUCGCUAACUUGGAAAGUUAACGCUGAUCUCGAUUGACGUAGCAUAACACACUUUGGAAGUCAUGGAUCAAUAAAGCUAAAAAAGGCAACCGGU